UCCGAAAUAAGAUUCGAAAUGUAUCUUGUUUCUCACCGUUCGAGUGAAUUGUUGAGAAAAGUCACAGCUAAAGAAUUUAGAGAGCGAUAGAAGACGGGGAUUAAAGAUCAACGGAAGAUGCGGUCAACGGAAAGACUCUAGCGAUCUCUCUCACUUCUCCUUCUUCUGCAAGGAAACUGACGAAAGUGUAACAACGCAGAUUUCCUAGACCAAGGCGACUGGAUGGUAGUACGAAUAUAGGAAUCGCAGGAGACGCUCCUCGAAGCGAACACUCAGCUCUCAAUGGACGCUCUCGAGGUCACCAAGUUAAACCAAGUGAUGUACUUAAGAUCGCAGUGUGUAUCUAAGAAUGUCAGCGAAAGGUGGAAGGGAAAGUUCGCGUGGAGGGAAACGAUGGUGCUGUGUCUGAUAAGAAACAGUUAGUACUUUGUUGGUCUCUCGUCGCCGAAGUAGAUCUUCGCUUUAUGGGAAACUUUUAAAGUAAACCAUGUUGUGUCGUAGUCUUUAAACGAAGUUUUUCGUGUCUACGAAGACGGGCGUAUCUUCGAAUCGAGAGGAAUUAUUCGUGAUCAAAAGAGAAAAAAUGACACCGGCGCGAUAAUAAACGUACUCGGACGGGAAGCUCGGGAUUAUCAAGCGUGAUUUGUUCGCAAAAUAGCACCGUAACGUAAUAACGCGGACCGCGUAAAUCCUGUGAAGCUUUCUUUCGGAAAGCCUUUGGAGGCGCUACGUUGAUUUAUGCCCUAAGCCAGGACGCGCGUAGAUGUGCGAGCCGCAAAAGCCACGGCCAGCGUUAUUAAAUUCCAGCGAGUUGAAUGCAACAGCCGUGUUACCCGACACGCGGAAAAAAGGACGUCCUUGUAUCAUACGAGAGUGUUGGUCGAAGACUUUGCUCGGAUGACAAUGAUCGUCUACGUGGCCUUUUUUAGUCUAGUUUUCGCUCUACGUGGGCAUUUGAAGGAAGAAGAGAUCGCUAGGAUAACAUCGCGGAUGCCUUAAUUGAUCUAUCUGAAUUCGCGGUUUCUCGAAUUGUCUCGGUGAUUAGGCUGCGAAGGGCGAAUUAGUGUUAAUCAACGGACAUGGUGGUAAUGAACUGUCGCGGCGGUGCCGCGGAAACCGUGUAACAGGACACCUGCUGCUCUGUGACACCUGCUGCAGUUUUCCCGAUGCGGCGACACGUGAGAGACAGCACUCCCGCGCCGGAUGAGCCGAGAACGAUACGCAGGUGACAUAAAGGGUACCCGAAUCAGCACUGAUUCGCUCUCGCCACCGGGUGGAGGAAACGCGUGCCCGAUGUGCCACGAAAGGUUCGAUGCCGCACGUGGCUGCGAUCCGCCACGGGUGGAUCGAUCAUCUCGUCGGUGCGGAAGAAUCCUACGCGUCCUCCUUCUAUCCGGAAUGUUGCUCGGCCAGGAUGCCAGAGGUAACGGUACGCCAGAUGUUUAUAAGAUACUCGGAGGUGUAAGAACGCAUCAAGCAGAUUACGAUUAUAUGAAUAAUGAUGUGAAGGAUGCAGGAAAUCAGGGAGAUGACCUUUACAUUGGUCAUAGCGGUGAUCCGUGGAGCGCCUCUUCGACGAAUGAUUACAAUAAAAAUAUUUACAUGUCGUCGCAGUUGAAUAAAACGAGGAUUCGAUCUAUCGCAAGGAGGGACAAGGAGACCACGGCAACAAUAGGCCAUACAAGAUUCAAGAGAGGAGUGUUUCAUCUCUAUAAUAUGGUAGUAUGCGCCACAGGAUGUAAUCCUUUAGCUUAUAAGGGAUACGGUUGCUACUGCGGAUUCUUAGGAUCCGGUUAUGUCAUCGACGGCAUAGAUCAAUGCUGCAAGAUGCACGAUUGGUGCUACGACGCUACAGAGUGUCUAAUGUUCUCGGAAUACUUUGUACCAUAUUACUGGAGAUGUUAUCACGGUUACAAACCGGUUUGCGCGGUUGAACAUGGCAGCUGGGGAGGAUCUGGAUCUUGCGCUCAACGUUUAUGCGAAUGCGAUCGCUCGUUAGCCGAGUGUCUGAAAAAAUAUCCUUGCCCUACCACCAAAGCAGUAUGUACCUCAUCACCCUGGAGACUCGUGCAGAAUCUCUUCAUGAUUAUAUAAAUAAAUGAUCGGU